AUGUCGGCUCCGCGAACGAAGCGUCCCUUCGCCGGCGCAUCAAGCGACCCCUCCCAGCGCCAAAUCACCUCCUUCUUCACCACCCGCUCCGGCCCAGUUCCUCCACCAGCCGGUCCCUCGCCCAAUGUUCAGGACACCAUCCCCUCGGACGUUCAAUCCAACCUCCUCUCCGUCGGCAUGCGCAUCCGCAAGUCCGUGCCGGAGGGUUACAAGACAGGCUCCUACAGCAGCUUCAAGCUGUGGACCGAUGCUACGGACCGCCGGACUCCCGUCGUCCGGACAACCACCACUUCUAUCGCCAGCAGUAGCCACCGCAACCGCAACGCCGCUGCCGCCUCCCAGCGCGAACUUUUACCCUUUUGCGGCAUCAACAAGGUCGGGGGCCUGUCCAGCCAACCGGUCCACUCUAGCGAUGACGACGAAUACGAAGACGACGGCGGCGGUGUACCCGGAUUGGAUGAGAUGCCGGGCCUGUGCAGCUCUCAAGAGAGCGUCGAGAGCGUGGAAAGCACGGCCAGCGACGGACGGAGCAAGAAACGCUUUUUUGCCGACGAGGAGAGCGACGAGCCGGUGCAGAUGUGGGCGGACCGUGCGGCGUGGUUGGAGGGCGAGGUGAGCCCGCGCAGCCUGGCCCCAUCCGGAUGGGCAAACGCCCGCCCGCUGGCCGUCCCGAGGAAGAGCCGCCGCAAGCCUUCGCAGGGGCAAGAGAACGUUGUCGUUGACGAUUUCGAGGAGGCGGAUUUCCUCGUCACGCCGGAUACCGACAUGAGUGAUGCGUAG